UAAUAAUUUAUAGAAUAAAUUAUUGGGUAUACUCUAUGGCAGAUAAUACGAACCAACAGAUUGGACAUACCUUUCUGACUAGGAACCAAGAUGUAUCAGGCCUCACCAAGAGACCAGGGAUGACCACAAGUAUCAUUUCAGCAUUUCCAAAGGGAAACAUGCCUGAGGUUAAAGGCAAUACAGGAGGUAGAGUAGGCACUCUUUUCGGAGGUGUUCUGACCAUCCUUGCUAUCAUGAUCGGCAGUGGUGUUAUUGGAAUUCCCUACGCUGCUUAUAAACUGGGUCUUAUACUUGGGCUAGCUAUUCUGUACCUCGCAAUCGCCCUCGGCCUUCAGUCUGUAGAUUUGCUGUAUGAAAGUUCAAGGAUGACAGGUUGAAAUAGUCUGAGUGAAAUUGGAUUUUACUGACUUGGGAAGAUUUCUGUGUAUAUUAUUAAUAUUGUAGUCUUUACCAAAAGUUUUGGGAUGCCUAUAAUUUACUUCAUUCUGACAGGAACUUGUUUCAGUCAGAUUGCUGCUAAAAUUGAAGGAGCCCCAAACUGGUUGACUUACAGGCAGCCAUAUAUAGGAGUAACCGCACUUCUACUAGCAUAUUUUGUAUUCAAAAAGGAUAUCACUGAUCUUAAGCCAAUAGCAUUUUUCUUAUUCCUUGGUGUGCUUUGAUUCAUCAUUCUUUUGGCAGUACACAUGAUCUUCGAGCAGAGUACAACAUGGAAUGAAGAUAAGCAUCCUCAUUCAGAAUACUUUUUCCCAUUCAACGAGAAACAAAGCAAAUUGAGAUUAAUUUACAUGUGCACGACCAUCUUAGUUGGAGUGUCUUUCCAGACAGUUUUCUUUCCUGUUCUUAACAACUUGGAGGACAAUAGUAAAAAAAAUGUAAUGAAGACAGCCGGCGCAUCUAUGAGUAUUGCUGGUCUAAUUUACACUGGAUGUAUCUUCAUUUCCAUCUAUGCCUUUGGCCAUAACGUCCAUUCUGAUAUCCUGAAAAAUGUUGGAGAGAAUUCUGGCUGGGAAACUUAUAUUCUUGGAGCAAUGUUUGCAGUUGUUGGUGCUCUACAUAUUCCACUAAUUUUCUUUGUUGCCAAAGAAGCAUUGCUUAUUGCGGUUUUUACUUUCUUUUAUACUGUGUCUGACAAAGCAGCUGAAGGAGAAGAAGGACAAGAUACAUCUCAUCUUUUAGUUGAAGAUGUUUCUCAAUUUUCAAAGCUGAUCCCAAAAUCUGAUUUUGGAGGGGAUGAAAAUGAUGACAAAGGUCCAACACGUUCUCAAUUAAACCACACUGCUAUCUUGAAAAAGACCACUGUAAUUCCAAAUAUUGAUGUUUCUAUUACCAGACAAGUCCUAGCCGUUAAUGGAAGACUAAGAAACGGAGGUAACAAAGACUAUGAUGAGGAACUAAAAGCAGCAGAAGGAGCUUCUAAAGAACCAAGUCAUCGAGACCUCCCUCUAUUUCUGUACCUGACUUUAACUCUGGUCAUCUAUGCUCUAGAUGUUGCUCUAGCCUGUGUCCUAGAUGACGUUUCGAUUGUAUUUGGAUUUGUUGGAGCCCUAUCGAUAUCAAUGCUAUUCUUCAUACUCCCUGGAAUAUUUUACUUGAGAGCAUGCACUUUAUCAGGAGAGAGUGGAACUUUAUUCAGGAAGUGCGUAUCCUGGUUCUAUAUAAUUUUUGGCUUCGUUGUGAUGUUUGGAGGGCUUGCAUCUGUAAUUGUCAAAAUAGUUGAAGAUGACUACCAUGAUCCUGAACCUGAACCAGAGUAACCCUUUAAAGUGUAAUAAUUUCAAUUAAAUUUUAA